GUUCUGGACGUGUACCAGGUUGCUCUAGGGAGUGUUGUUGUGAGAAGAAAAGAGAGCUAAGAAUAUGCCCCUGAGGAACACCCUCUCUUGAGGUGGAGACAGAGGAAGUGGAGCUGCCCACAACACUGGGGAGAUGCCAGGGCGGGUAGGAGUAGGUUGUUUUUCUCUCACUUCCAGCACGUCUUCCUUGGUCAGAAACAGAGGGUGGCCAGACGGCGACAGUGACGAGAGGAGUGUGGUGUGGCAAGGCCGCCAGGACGCGUCUAGGGGAAGCUAUAUUUGGGGUGGACCACUCUGGGUGUGGUAGGUCACGGGGAGCUCUGCCUUCAAUCUCUUUCUCUAGAAAGCAGGGAAGAGGGCUGGGAGUCAGAUCUGUUGGAGUCUCUGCUUUCUCUGCCACUUUCACGUUCCCCCAAAUACUCUUGGUUUAUUCUGAGCUCUAAUCUGUGUAGGAAAAUCUCUUUCUAAAUAUGGGAAAGAGGCAGAGUUGGUGGAGGGAAGGAGAGGGGCUGUCUCACUGUUGAGUGUGUGUGUGUGUGUUGAUGUGUGCUUGUGUGUGUUGGCCACACACAUGCACGUGUAUGAAUCUGUGUCCUUGUGUAUGGAGGUGUAUGUCUCAUGUUAGUAUUUAUGUGCCCAUAUGUGUAUAAUAUGUGUAUGUUUUUCUCUGAGUGUCUCACAGGAAAGGUGGAGAAAUUGAGAGGAAGCAUCGAGACACUUUUAUGCCAAUUUGAUAGAGUAAUUUUAUGCUAAUUGAAUCUAAUGAUAAGAAAUUCAGGCUUGUGUUUUCUACACAUAUAUGUUCUAUUUUAUUUUUCUAGUAAUUCACUUUUUUGUAUUUUGUGAAAGCACGGGUCUGCGGCAGACUGCACACAAAACUCCUCCUUCCUCAUAGUUCGAGAAGAACGAAUUAGGACCAGAUCAACAUUCUGGGAAGGUCCUGAUUCUGAAAUUCCCAAGGGAGAGAGACUCACUUCAGAAAGCUGAGGUCCCUGCUCUGGGUCAUAUCAAGGAAGCAUGAGGACAGACAAAGGGGUGGGGGUCAGGCCCCAGAUCUGACUGGUGUCUGGGGACACAACCUGCUCUUCCUCCCCUACCUCUCCCCUAAGUGAGAUGGGACCACCAGGCAGUUCUCAAGUGGGUGGGAGGCUGACCCCGCUGUGCCUCCAAGCCCACGCCUGUUCAAGGUGCUGCCCUCCUUCCCUCCUGCAGAACAGGAAAAGCUGAUGACUAACAGGAGCAUGGCCUACAGACCAAAGAAAACAUCAAAGAAAACCCAAGAACUUCGAGCCUUCUGGCAAGGAGCUGGAACUAAGUGUUCUGAUGACAGCAGAAAGGAGGAAACCAGACAGCAAUGUCUCUCUCCUCCCACCCAUCCAACCCCCUCAGCACAGAGGCUCCUCAAACUCAGGGGCACUCCCUUCUCCCAGACUGGUCUUUGUCCAGAGAGCUCUUUAGUUCCUUCUCACCUUUGGGCUGCCUUUGGUCUCAGGCAAGAAGAAUUACUGCUCCUGCCCUGCUGGUCUUCCAGUUCCUGUCCUUUCUCCAGAGCAGUCAGAGAAUAGUAGUUCAGCCUGUUCCUUCUGUCCACUUUGCAUUUUUUACCAGAAAGUUUGACCAGAGCCAGAGAUAAUCUGGAAGAGUUGCUCAUCCAAGGACUGGUUGGACUUCUUAUUCUGUAAGUGUUACAGUUCACAGACUGGGUGAAGCUGAGGCCCCGCGGUGGACCAAAGGAGUUGGGGGAGUGGGUGAAGGUGACCGGUCAGCUGGGUGAACUUGGGUAAGCGUCUCCUCUCUCUAGGACCUGGUUUGGAUGAUCUCUGAAGUAGAUCCCAGCUGUUAGGUUAUAGGGGAAGGCACAUGGGGAAGGAUGGGGAAAUGCUGGAGGCUCUGGGAAGGGGCAGACAGCCACUCUAGUAUAUGUGCUGCCGAAGCGAGCACGCAGACAGCCACUCUAGACCCACCUCUGCUUCUAACCACUUCACUCUACCAGCAGGAGGAAUGGCACCAUCUGUGGCUCGGCUUGUGUUUCUCCAGUUUGUUCUAGGACCAGCUCUGGUUGAAGGCAUCAAGGUGCAGAUCGCCAUCAGAAACUUCCGCCGAUUACACAUUGACUAUCCCCGGGUUAGCUACCCAAAGGGCUUCCACGGCUAUUGUAAUGGUCUCAUGGCCUAUGUGCGGGGCAGAAAGUGGAGUUGGUAUUGCCCCCAAAUUCAUUACAUGGUGCAUGCCCCCUGGAGAGAAAUCAAUAGGUUCUGCAAGUACAGUGACAGCUUCUGUGAGAAUUACAAUGAAUACUGCACACUCACAGAGGACGCCAUUCCCGUCACGAUCUGCUCUCUGGUCUCUAGACAACCGCCCACGAGCUGCCACUAUAAUGAAACCCUAACCAACCAAAGGCUCUACCUGCUCUGUUCUGGGAAGAAUGAUGCUGAACCGAUAGGCAUCAUUGGCCUCUACUAGGAAAGGAAGGUUUUCAUUCUGAACCACCCCCUACCGCCACCACACGCAAGCCUGACCCUACUCCCGAACUUCUGAUCCCUGGUAUAAGGCUUCCUUCCUGACUUCACAGACAGGCAGGAUCCCUCCCAAGAGACAAAGAAGGUAGGACAAAUGUCUUGAGCUUCAGUCACCAUGCAAAGUUAUACAGCCUUGUAGCCUCUUUCCAACUUGUUUACCUCCUUUCUUCCCUCACCAUCCUCCCUCUCCCACAGACAGUCUCACCCACCCAAGAAGCUGACUGUGUCCAGUUGGCAGUGACUAUCCAUCCACUGGGCCAGAUCCUGAAUCCUGGAUGGAGGCCCAGAGCCUCAGCUCACACCAUGGCAACAGGCACCCAGCUCCAUGUCUCAACUCCCCAUCCCCACCAGCCUUCUCUUCUUAGCUUUCCCCAUCUCCCUUGGGACUCUCCACUCACUCACCUACACAGUAGGUACCUCUAGCUUCAGGGACCUCCCGAGACCCUUAGCCUCAUUCUAGCCUCUCUUCUCCAGAAACCCUCCCAGUUCCCAGUCUGUUCCUCUCUGUGAAAUCAUUGAUCUUCUCUCAUCAUCUAUUCUUUCCUUUCUCCUCUACCACAGAGCCCAGGGUAGUCUUUCCCUGACAUUCCCAACCUCCUGUAGUCACCCUGUCUUCUUUUCUCUGACCCUUUUUCCUUCCACCCUUCUCACUGUGACUCACUGGAGUUUCAAUUUACCUUCUCUGACCUGUUCUCCCCAAAGAUUACUGCAUCCCUUUCCUUCCAAAAGCUUCUCCUGAUACCUCUCCCCACCAAAUCCAAGAUCUGCCGCUGACAGGACAGAGCUGAGGUGAGCCUGGCUGUAGUCAUGGAAGGUUUUAAAACCACAUCUGAGUAAUGUAAGACAUAACCGUUGGGUGAAGCUGGGGUAAAGGAGGGGUACCUGGGUGGCUCAGUCGUUAAGCAUCUGCCUUCCACUCAAGACAUGAUCCCAGGAUCCUGGGAUCAAGCUCUGUGUUGGGUUCCCUGCUCUGUGGGAAGCCUGCUUCUCCCUCUCCCACUCCCCCUGCUUGUGUGUUCCCUCACUUGCUGGGUCAGUCUCUGUCAAAUAAAUAAAUAAAAUCUUAAAAAAAAAAGGAAACUGGGAUGAAGGGUAUGUGGGACCUCUCUGUACUAUUUUUGCAUCUUUC